CUGCCCAACACAAAUCGGACCACCCCCCCACCCCCCCUCUCCGGCGCCCGGCGAUGGAGAUCCCAACGGCCACAAUCCAUCGCCUCCUAUCCUCCAUUCGAGAGGGCACCACCGCCGCGCCCCCUGCCCCUCCCUUCCCCUCCGUCGCCGACGCCGUCGCUGCCUUCGAAGCCGAUGCCUCACCGGAGCUCCUGUGCGGGCGCUGCGGCGCAGCGGGCGGCCUCCUCCGUGGCGCGCAGUCCGCCAUCUGCGUCUACUGCGGGUCUCCUAGGCGGGGGGAGGGCGAUGGUAUCGCCUUCCGAGGCAGUGCGGCCUACCAGUGGUUGCUCGGCUCGCUCCGGCUCGAUGGAUCUGCUCUCGUAGAAUUUGAUGGUGACUCUACAGAUUCAAAUAAAAGCAAGGAAAAGCCAAAGGGUGGGUUGGUUUUAUCUGAUCUUCUGGACUUAAAACUUACCUGCCCCCCGGAGAAUAGGGAAAUAUCUGGAAGUUCCACAAGCGGCAAACAACCACCAGUUGCAUGCACACUAAAUUUUGCUGGUGUUAACCUGGACUCAUUUUCCAUUGAAAGGAAAAAGGAGAUAGCUGCCACAGCCGUUGCUCUUCCUCUAAAUCAUACUAUAGUGCAGGAAAAGCAUAGCAGUAGUCAUGAAUCCAGUAGCUCAGAGGUGCAUAUUACAUCGAAAGGCUUUGAUUCCUUCCAGACAAAAACAGGUUCUCAAAGCACAAAUCAGAUGGAAGCUACUACAGCAUUUGCAAAUUGGGAUGCUCACUUUCAGUCUACUGGCUCAGAAAGUGUUGUUGGAGACUCCAAGCAACUGGACCUAUUUAAGAGCGCUUCAGUUGCCGAGCCUUCUAAUUUUCCAGUUUCUGGGACUGCCAUGGGACCGGUAUUAGCUGCUGGAAAUCAAACAAACAUAGAUUCAGAAGAUUUAGCUUCAGCAUUAAAUGUAGACAACCUUUUCAUUCAAAAGGCUGUCCCAGCUAUUGCGGAGACUAACGUUAGGAUCGGUGCUGGAAACAGUGUUGCUGAGUUCACUGGGUCCUCCCUUGACAAGAAUUCAGUUGAGAGCAGUGAAUUGUCUGGAAGGAGUGACAUUGGAGUCAGUAUUGAUGAAGGUUUUGAUGACUGGCAAGAAUUUGCAGAAGGUGGAAAUCAGGGCAUACUACCAAAUGUCGGAGAGCAUACAGAGAUGCCUUCAGAGAGCGACUCACAAAUAAAAGGAACGGACCCCUUGCCUGUAAGAAGCAUGGAAUCACCCAACAAUGUUUCAGGUGAUUCUGAUGAUUGGCAAGAUUUUGCACAAAGUUCUGCUCAAGGAGAUUCAGCGAAACUAGUGGAAGGAUCAUCGUGUGGUCAAGGAGGAGAUGGUUCAGGAAAUCCAGUUGCAGAAACAUCCAUUUCUCUAGAACAUUCUUUAGAAGCUCAUGCUGUUGAUUUAUGGCCUGUCGGUAAUGUCAAAGAACAUAAUUCUACAGAAAUUGGUAAGCAAACUGAUGAUUCUUUUGAUGACUGGCAAGAUUUUACCACCCCUGGUCAAGCACAGGUUGCCUCAUUCAAUGAAAGUGGACAAUUGGCGGAAGUUUCACCUGUGAGUCACAGAGAAAUAGAUGUGAACACAUGGUUCACAGAAAAUUCCAAGGAAUCAAGGUGCACUGACUUAGUGAAUAGGAAUAAUAUCAUGCUUGAUGAUUGGCAAGGUUUUGCUGGUUCAGAUCAAAUACAGCAAAGUUCAUGUAAUGUAGGUGGAGAACUGAUGGAUAUUUCAUUCGAGCAGCUUCAUGGAACUGGCCCUGUGCAGUUAUCGGCAAAUGCCAGCAGUAACAAAACUACAAAUAUAGUGGAAGACAAUACAUUUGAUAUUUGGCAAGAUGUUGCAGCACCGUCUGUGCCUGCUAAAGAAAUUGACUCCAUGGAUUUGUGGCUAACCAGCAAUAUCAAGGAAUCUAACAGUUGCAGCAAAGAUGUUAAUGGAAUUCAUGACUCACCCGAUAAAUGGCAAGAUUUUGCUAGUUUUGGUCAAGCACAGGGAAAUAUGAAAAUUCCUGUGGACAGACAGUUCGUCAAAGAUCCUUCAGUAACUGAAUCUGUGGACUUGUGGUCUUCAAGCCAUAAAGGGCAGUUUAAGAACCCUGAGCAGAUAAAUGCAAAUAAUGACCCAUUGGAUGACUGGCAAGAUUUCAAAAACUUCCCUGAGCUGGAAACAAGCUUACAAGGUCGGCCAGGUGCUCCAUUGUCUGAUAAACCCUCAGUAUUGACGACUGAUAUGACAGGGCUGGAGUUUGGAAGCUUUGCACAGUCUGCUCCAUCCCAAUGCCAAGUACAUAAACAGGAUAAUUCUAAUGAAGCAAAUGCAGCUCCACCUGGUGAACACGAAAGGAAAUAUUGGAUCCAGUCAUUGCCUAAUAGAGGAUAAGGUGCGGGAGCGGGACACACCUCAACCGGAGAUAUUGCCGUGUGCCUUGAUUCCCAGGUCGUGAUGAGGUUGAAUAUAACAUCAUGGUUGCUCAAGACUCUGGAGAGCUUAGUCCUUCCAACAUCCAUUGAUAUGACGUAGGGUCGCUGCCUGAGGUGGCAUCCCGUGAAGUCGCCCACAAUCUAUGGGUACUGAGGCGAUGAACCAUUCAUGUUUGUCUUGGUCUUUCGGGGUGGUGUGCCUGGCGAGUGAAGUCGUCAAGGAACUAUCAUGAAGUGGUGACUCGGUGCAAUUCUUCGAGUCGUUAGACGGGUUACUCUCUUGUGUGCCCCCUAAGCCUGUGUUGUCGCCAAAGUUGUGUGGGUCUUUGGUGGUCCAUCCAUUAGCAGGUGUGUUUUGUCUGGCAUCGAUGAAGUCAUCCCCAAAGAUUACACGCCGGGCGAGUGGUGAACCCCUGUCGAGUAUUCACCUCCUCCUAUCAUUGGAUUCCAGUUCGCUAGAGACUUUGAUCCUCGGAUGCCCGCUGGGCGCGAAAGUGCUCGCUUGUUCCUUGUCUAGAGGUGUUGUUAGAGCUAUUCUCUGUCCGGCUUCCCAUCGCUUGUGCUUUGUGAUGCGCUCUCCUCUAUCCUCCUAUUGGCAGGGUGAUGACGAUUGCCUGUGGUUGGUUAGAGACCAAGCUAGCCCUUUGCUGCUCGUGGAUGAAGCGACUUUCAAUGGGCCCUGUCCUUUGGAGGUUAUUGUAGCGACGUUCACCACGGUCUGCCUAGUGCUUGCAAUCUCCAGGAACCUAGAUUCGUGGUAGUCCCCGGGUGCCUUAGUGGUUGGGAAACGAAGGUAACUGAUCCCACGAGCGACUCAUCACUUUGCCUCGUGCUCAUCUUACUCGUAGCUGUCUUUGUUGGAGUCGCUUGUAUCCACACAAUAUCCCAAGAUGGUAUUGCCCUAAGCGAUUUCUUAAGUCGAUCGCAACUUUCCAUUGAGUAAUUUGCUCUUUUGUGGUAGGCACACCAAGUCUUGGGUGGCGGGAGCUUCUUCCUCUUCCUUAUCUGCAUGGCACCUAGGUGACGCCUUGGUGCCUCUUGUGUGUCGCUUGGGAGAGCAGACGGUGUGAUCUGGUUCCAAGCGCCCCAAAGGUUCUGCCCGUCGCCAGGUCUUGUUUACCCAAGUUACUCUGGUUGUCCCGACUGUUAGGAAAGCAACUUAUCAUUAUUGAAGGCCCAAGGGGCAUAUAUAUAUUACA